UCCAACGAUAUUUCCGGUCGUGAGAAACAUAGCACGACGGCGACGAUCACGAUGUUGGGUUGGUGUCGUCGCGAGUUCACGUAGAAUUUCCGUCGUCAGCACUUGCUAUCGCGUAUCUACGAACUGUCCUGGUCGUGUCUAUGCGUGUCUGACAUACGCUCACUUAUAGUGCUGAGGAUCUGCGAUCGGCGACAGGGCGACCUAAUUAUGAGUGGCGACGUGUUACCUUCCUGACAGUUCGUGCAACGCUAAACCGGAGUGCAUAAUGUGGGGUACGUCUGAAGACUCAUCAGGUGCAAUGGAGGGUGGCCCUCCUGAGGCUGUGGUACAUACAAAAGAGACAUGCGAGCAGAAUAAAAAUCAAUUAGAAUCCCUCAAGGCAAUCAUGAUGAGGAAUCAACAAACUUUAAAGAGAAAGGAGGAGGAAGUCCAGGAAUAUGCACGAAGAUUGUCAAAAAUCAAAUCCAGAGCCAAGCUAUCACGUCGUAGUAAAGAAGGAGCUUCAUCAUCUAAAGAUACAAUGCAUUUACAUAAGACUGAAUCUACAACAAUGGAUGUAACAGAUGAUACAAUUGAUGACAUCAGUCAAGCAAAAACCCCAAAAGCAAAAUCUUCUUUACUUCAACGAAAAUUGGCAGAAAAUAGGAAAGUGUUCGAGCAACGCAACAAAGAAUUAACAGAAACUAAACGAGCAGUGGAAGAGAAAGUGGAAGCUAUCAGACAACAAUUGGAUGAAACAGAUUUAGCAGCAGCAGAACACAAGGAUCAAUUAGCUAUCACACCAAUUAGGCCUCUUGUUAUCACUUCGGAUGUAAUGACACCAGUUCAAAUUCAAAACAUUCAAGAAAAGGAGAAAAAAAUUAUGGAACUUAAUAGUAAAAUCAUCGAGCUAGAAGCUACUAUUCUGGAUCUUCAAGAAAAUUUGAAAGAGAAGGAUUCUGUCAUUGAUUCCAAAACGAAAGCAGUUACUCUUAUGUCUGCAGACCUUUCCAAGAAGGGUAAAACGACGUUGGAUACUCUCGAAGAUACGAAAGACGAAAUGCGAACGAUGCAAGAAAAUUUUAUCUUGAUCGAAAUGUCUCUGAAAAAUAAGAAUGCCAGUCUUUUGGAACAACUGCAGGAAAGAGAUAAUAGGAUAUCGGAUUUGGAGCACACAGUCAAUAGAUUUGAAGAGCAACUUCAAGAACAGAAAAUAGCUGAAUCAGUAAGUGCGGAUUUCUCGCGUUCCACUAUGGAUACUUUAGCGGAAACGAAAGAUGCGAUGAAAUCAAUGCAGGAAAAUUUUAUUCUUGUCGAAUCAUCAUUAAAAUUGAAGAACGACAAUCUUCUUCAGCAGUUGGGAGAUUACGAAAUGAAAUUGGCGAGAGCCAAAGAAAGAAUAUUUCAAUUAGAAUCUGGUACCGGUGUAGUAACACCUCCGGCAGUCGAAGAUUUACAGUUUAGGAUAGAGAAAUUGGAACAAAAUAAUCGACAGCUUCUGGAUGAGAAAUAUGAAUUACAGAAAAAUAUUGCCGAGUUGCAGGAUAAGAUUAUUAUUAGUAAAUCGGUUCACAAUAAUGAUGCGAUCAUCGAGAAAGACAACAGAAUAGCAGAACUCGACAAUUUGAUAGAAGAACUUAAACAAUCAAAUAAAUUAUUAGAAGAAGAAUCAAAGACUGAACUGCAGAAGCAAGUAGCUGAAUUGUCAUUUAAGAACGAAGAACAUUCCAACAAAAUUAUUGAUCUUGAAAAGCAAGUGCAUGAACUCGAAGCGGAAAAGAAUGACAUUGCAGCUAGAUUGUCAGUUGAACAAGCAGUAUCCAAAGAAGAUAUAGUAAUAAAAUUAACAAAGGAAUUAGAAGAUUUAAAUAAAAGCAUGAUUAAAUUAAAGGCCCAACACAGAAGCAAAGUAAAAAAUUUGCAGAAGCAAUUAGAAAACUUCAAAAUGAUAUCCGAUACAAAUGCUGAACUAGUUAAAUUGGUCAAUCAAGUGGCAUUGUUGGAGGAGGAGAAAGGUAACCUUCAGCUGAGUCUGGUAGACUUUGACGAGCUUAAAGCCUCAGCAGGAGAUUGGCAAGAACGUGUUGCUGACUUGGAAAGUAAAGUUUCAUCUCAGACAAAAGAGAUACAGAUGCAUAUUGAUGCAAUCGCCAUCUUAGAAAACCAAAAGUUAGAUCUAACGCAAGAACUUCAUACGGUGAAGCAAGAGAUUUUAGCUCUAGAAGCUGAGAAUGCGGAAUCUGAAAAUCUCAGAGUAACUGCAGAAAUGAAGAUUGUUGAGUUAGAGGAGCAAUUGGAAACAGCACAUAAAGAACAGAAUGAGAAUAAAUUUGAGAUUGAACAUCUUGAGCUUCUAAAGAAGCUUGAUGUUUUGACGCAGGAAAAUUCAGAAUUAUACAGCAAGUUGAAUAAAAUGGAGGAGAAGGGUGCUUCGGAUACUGGUUCCACGGAAUCUUUUGAAGCUAUUCAAAUGAACGAUAGAAAUGAUCUGUUGAAAAAAAUUGAGGAUUUGGAACAGAAGAAUAAUGAAUUAACUCUAAAGUUAUCGAAGCUGGAGGAGAAGGAUGGCUCACAUGCUGGUUCCACAGAAUCUUUUGAAACUAUAAACGAUACAGAUCGCAAUGAGUUGAUAAAAAAAAUCGAGCAAUUGACGCAAGAGAACAGUGAUUUGACCAUGAAGUUGAGUAGGAUUGAAGAAAAAGGAUCAUCUGACACAGGUUCCACGGAAUCUUUUGAGCGUAUCCCAGAACACCACGAGAGUCCAACAAAGAUUGAACUACUUACUCAAGAGAAUAACGACCUUGUCAUUAAAUUAACAAAACUGGAAGAGCGAUUAAAUCAAAUGGAAAGCAGCGCUCAACUGGACGUCUCUAAGAGAGAUCAUAGUUUAGAGACACUUAAAGAUGAUAGUAGCUUGCGAUUGCAGAUUGAGACACUUACUCAAGGAAAUGAUAAUUUAAUGGGAGAGAUUUCUCAACUUAAACUACAAAUAGAGGACCUUACCGAGGAAAACAACAGGUUACAUGAUCGUAUAGAAAUGUUGACAGCGGAGAAUACUGAAUUAGUUAUAAAUCGCACGAAAUUGGAGGAACGUCUUCAAAUGGAGUCAUCUCAUACUUCUCAAAUGUCAAUUCAAAUGAUAGAAUCUGCUGAUCAAAUUACUGCUUUAAUAGAAAGGCAACAGGUCCUUGAAAAAGAAGUGACACAAUUGCGGAAUACUUCAAUUGAACAUUCGGUUAAUGUAACAUCAUGCGAAACUGAUGAUGCAAAAUCUAAACUCGCGACAUUGGAGAGAGAAAAUGCGCAGAUGACAAUGACGAUUGCACAACUUGAAGAACGUAUCAAUAGUCAAACAGAAGAUUUAAUUAAAAUUACUAGAGAGAAAGAAGAGUUGGAUUUAAAACUGGAACACAUGACUUGGGACGAUUUCUCCAAAGAAAGAUUAGAGCUCAUUGAUAAAAUCGAGAAAUUGAAUCGAGAAAAGGAGAACAUUGCUCAAGAGAAACAGGAGUUACAUGAGCAAAUCAGCAUUCUUUUACAGAAAUCAUCUGACGAAAUUUCGGAAAUACGGAAGGCGGAGGAUAUUACUUGCCAGGAAUCACAAACUGUAAUUGUAGCAUCUUUAGAGAAAGAAUUGGAGAACAGUAAGGUAUUAAUUGUAGAGUAUAAAAAUCAGAUAGAAGAGAUGAACAUGAAACUGGAGAGUAUGGGGGCAGAAUUGCAAAAGAAAACUGAACAAUUACUAGAGUAUGAAGCAUCAGGUGCAAAAUUGGAGAGUUUAGAACGUGAAUUGAAGGAUAUGUUUGUUACCGCAGAAGAAUGGAGAUUCAAAUACGAUGACAUGCAAGAAAAAAUGCAAGCGUUGGAGCAAGGAAAAGCGUCUAUAGAAGAAGCCUUUAAAACAUUAGAGAAUGGUAACAAGGAAUUGUUAGAAGUAAUAAAAGAAAAGGAUGUAACGACUGGUACUCUACAAGAACAUCUUCAAGGUACUAUAGUUUCCCUCGAAACAAAAUUACGAGAUGAAAUGGCGAAUGUAACUGUGAAAGAACAAGAAAUUAUAGAUUUGAAAGCCGAAAUUGAAAAGAAAGAUGAAGAAUUGCACACCAAAUAUGCACAAUUGCAAAAUGGAAUGAUUACUAUAGACAGUUUACAAGAUGAGUUGAAUAAUUAUUCGAUUAAACUUAAAGAAAACGAAGCUGCUUUAUCAUCAUCAUUGGGAGAAAUUGCAACACUUCGUAAUAUAAUGAAGGAGAAGGAAGAAGAAGUUUAUAUUCUUAAAGAUAAUAUUAGCAAAAUUACUGAAGUCUUAGAACAAUCUGUAAAGCCUGAAGCAGAAUUUAAAGAAAUAUUGGAGAAUUUGCGAGAUAAAGAAACAAGCUACAUUGAAUUACAAAAUAAACAUGAAGAAGUCUUGAGGGAAAAUAGCGAAUUAUCUCAAAAAAUUGAGGAUAUGUCAAAACGUGACGAGAACUUUAGAGAUGAAUUGAUUAAGAAAGAACAGGAAAUUGAUAGUUUGCUUGCGGCUAAGAAGGAAUUAAACGCACAAAUUGAAGAACUCAAGGGCGAUAAAACUGAAGCUGAAAAGCGAAUUUGGGAACUCACAACGAUUUUGGACAAUCAAACUACAUACGCUGAGAAAGUGCAAUCAGAGCUAACGAAUGAGUAUAAGCAAAUGGAAUGGCUUAAAACUAAGCAUAUGGAGGAUAUAGCGAUGUUAAAUCGAAGAUUGGAAGAUGUUAUUGAGGAACUAGCUGAGAAAACACAGGAAAAUGAAGCUAUGAAAACCGAAUUGGAACAAAAGGAGUUACUCGGUAAAAACGUCACAGAAGAGACGAAGACUAUUUUGGAGAGUAAAGUUGUAGAUUUGGAACAGAAACUUUUAGAAUCGGAAAAUAAGUUACAGGCGCAAUCCGAAAAGAUGAAGAAAAUUGUGGCAACGUUUAAUAAAAAGAAGCUAGCAUGUCAAGAACUUGAAGCGCGUGUUGCUGAAUUGGAAGAGAAAUGGACAACAGAAAAAGAUGAAAAGGAAGUUAAAAACAAACAGAUCCAAGAAGUCGAGAUUUCCAUGCGGGAAAAAGACAACAAAAUUCAUGAUUUAGAGGAGAAAUUAUUACAAGCGAAGAAUGAUACCGCAGAUAUUCUUGCAAAUUCAGAGAGGUUUGAGAAGGAAUCAAUCAGCUUGAAAGAAAAAAUUACAAUGUUAAUGGAGCACGUUUCGGAGAUGGACGAGGAAAUCGUAAAGCAACGCGCAGAGAUAGAUCGCAUUUCUCUUGAAGUGUUAACAGAGAAAACAGCAAAGGAGAAUAUUGCCAAAGAAUAUGAAUUCUACAAAAAAACUGCGAGCAAGGAGGAUGAACAGAAACAAGCAAUUCUCGAUGAAGUAAAGGAGCAAGCCCGGGAAUUGAGCGUGCGCAUGCAAGUAAUGGAAACUGAAUAUGUGGAACAGCUUGCCACAAUAAAGAAUCUGAAGGCAGAGAAUGGCCUGUUGGUGUCCAAACAAACGCAGAUUGACGAGAAACUAGAAAAUGCUGAGAAGAAAUCGGAAGAACGUCGUGUGCUAAUCGAGCAGUUACAGAAAGAGAUCGCGACUGUGGCAUCUAUGACUGCAUCUACACCGGUCCCGGAACAAAGUGAAUUAAGAGAAGAUGACACACGGAUUGCGCAGCAUUGUGACCAUACCGAGCAAUGUCAAAAUUUGGUGCAAGCAUUAGAAGCGCGUCUACAAGAGCGCCAAGCGGAAAUUGAAAAUCUGAAUAACGAAUUAGCCAAUUCGUAUGGCAAUAUCGUGUUACUUCAUGAUGAGUCUCAAAGAUACAAUAAUAUGAUGAUGCAAACUGCUCAAGAGCGCUUUAAUCAGUCACUUAUGGAUCAAACGAAUACAUUGCAACAAGAGAUCGAUUCUUUGAAAACGGAAAAAGCUGUAAGUGAACUGAGAGUAUCGGAAUUAGAGGCUGAAUUGAAAGAUUACAAGCAUAAAAACGCUGAAUACAAAGUUGAAAUUCCUGGAGAAGUUGUAACUUCUACUGUCGAAAAUCAACAGAAGCAAGAUGAGGCUUCACAAUUGUUUGGCUCUGCAAAAGUUUUUGAUGCAGCCGUUGCUUCGGAUAAAGAUACGUUGGAUAAUAAUGAAAUAGAAAGAUUGCAAAGUUUAUUAAAUGAGAAACAGGGUCAGUGUUCUGAACAUAUGAAAGAAAUGGAUCUUUUACUUAAUAAUAUAGAAGCAGAGAAAUUACGUGUUCACGAAUUACAAAAUCAAUUUGAAGAUUCGCAAAGCGAAUUGAAAAAGACCGAAAAACUUCUUUCUGAAAAGAAUGCGCAGGUGGAUUCAUUGAAUGCGGAAUUAAAUAAUAUAAUUCUUCAGAUGAAUUCGCAAUUGCAGCAAUAUAUAGAUAUAGAAACCGAUUUGCGAACAGAAAUCUCACUUAAGGAUACAGAAAUCGCUGCGAUAAAAACAGAGCUGACUUCUAUGAAAGAAACUGUAGAAGCAUUAACUACGGAACGAGAUCAGCAAGUCGAAUCGUAUAAAUUUCAGAUUAAUAAUCUGGAAAUAGAAGCGAGAAGUGCUGACAAUGAUUUAAUACAAGAGUGGGAACAACGUAUUUCUGCGACUACCACAGAGAGAGAUUUGUUACAGCUGCAAGUGAAUGACUUGACGCGAUCCUUGGAAGAACUGAAGGAAUCACUUGUGAGUCAGCGUAAUCUACAAGUUGAAUUAGAGAAUGUUUUGCGAGAAAGGGAUCAAGCCCAAGUACUUAUUACGAAUCUCAAGCAAGCUUUAGACGAUUCGAAACAGAAUCUCCAAGAAUCAAAGAUAUACGGAGACAGCUUAAAGGAGUUUACUUCUAUGGAAAAAUCAAGCAUUAAACAAGAAUUAGAUCAAGUUCCUGCGGCUGUCGAAGAACCGAUUAGCCAACAAGAAUAUGUACAAGCAGCACAAGUUCCUAUUGAAAGUGAAAUAUCGCAAGAGUUUCAGUUAGAUAUUGGUUCAGGUUGGGACAACGGUUCUGAAAAUCUCAAUGUGGAUGAGGAACCUUGGGGCUGGAAUGCAGAGAACGUCCAAUUAGCUGUUAGUAGUCAACAUCUUAGCACAAUGACAUUGAGCGCCGAAAUGCAAUUGCGAGCAAAAGUAGAAGAUUUAGAAAAUAGAAUCAAAGAUUUAGAAGCGCAGAACGCUAAGAUCGUCGAUGAGAACAAAGCAGCACAAGUGAAGAGCGGUAAAUUAAUAAAGAAAUUGAAAGAAUAUAAAGUGCAGAUGGAGGGUUUGCAGCAACAAUUAAAAACGCAAAAACAGACUGACAGCUUUUUCAAUUUGGAUACGGCAAUCGAAGAAGAGCUGAAGACGCAAAUUGCUAGUUUGGAAAAAAAUCUUAAUGAAGUUAAAGAUGAAAAGAAAAAUAUUAUUGCUGAGAAAGAGGCUUUGCUAAAACGACUUGAUGUAGUAGUGUCGGCUAACGAGAGGUAUAUGGAGAUGAAAGAGAGACAGGACAUGGAAAUUGAAGUAUUGCGUAUUCAGAAUAAGGAACUGGGUAACAAAGUACAAUCCUUAGAGUGGCGAUUACAGGAAAAUGCGACUAGUAUAGAAGAUAUCACUUCUUCGCGGCAUGAAGAUCAGAGUGAUCCGUCAUCUUUUGAUAUUGAUAAAGCUACCACACACAGUCAGCCUCAGAAAAGAUCUGCGGAAUCUAAUGACGACUUCGAAGUGAUAUCGAAGAAGUACAAGGAAGAAAUAGACGAUUUGAAGGAUGAGUUAGAGGCACUCGCAGCGGAAAAUGAACAAUUGCAGCACUUUUUAGAAGAACAAAAAGCGGCAAUGGCGAAUUUGGAGCCAAAAGAUAACAGUAACACUAAUGAACUUAUGGAGAAGUUAAACGCUUUGAACAACCAAAAUGUUCAGCUUCAAAGCGCUUUAAGCAAAGGCAAACAAGAGUAUGAUGUUCUGAGAAAACAGUAUGAGCAAAGUUUGAUAGAUGCGAAUGAUCAAGUGACAGCAACGCGGCAAAAUAAUGAUCUCCUUAAAAUUGAAUUUUCGGAGAAGGUAGAUAGAUUAGAAACGGAGAUAAAUCAUCUACAGACAGCUUUAGAAGAAAGAAAAGUUUUGGAAAGCAACGCUUUGAUGAACUCUGAAGAAAAGCUUUCUGCUGUCAAUGCAUCUCUAACGGAAGUUACGGAGCUGCUUAAUGCUAGAGUUCAAGAAGUCGCCGAUCUGAAGCAAGAGCUUCAAGUUCAGUACGUAGAAAGACAACAAGCUGAAGCAAUGCUACAAUCGGAAAUACAAAACUUGACUAAAGAACUGGAUGAGAAGAAACAAAAUCUAGGAACCUUGAAGCAAGCGUUCAGUGAAAAGGAGCAUGAGCUAAUACAACAAAGGAGUAUGGAAACUGUAAAUAUCAUCGUUAGUGAGGCUACCCAAGAAUUGGUUCAGAAACACGCGAUUGAAAUUGAAGGAAAAACUAAGGAAUUGCGUGAUUUAACGGAGAAGUUAACUGCAUUGCAAUCGACAGUCGAUGAAUACACUUUGAAACUACGAGAUUGCGCUACUAAGUUAGAGAUGCAACAGCAACAAAUUGCAUAUUUAAAGGAAGAUUUAACAGAACGAAAUUCAAUAAUAGGAACUACUCAAACUGAUAUGAAUUUAAUGAACGAAAAAUUACGGGAAAAACAACAGGAAUUGAUACAAUAUGAAGAAGAAAAGACGAAACUCGCGGCAGAAGUGGAAAGAUGCUUAGCGGACAUUCAACGUUUACAGAACCGAUUGAAUGCCACGGAAGCAUCUACAGUUGACCUGCAAGAGUAUAGCUCACGUAUUCACAGUUUGGAACAAGAAGUUCAUGUUUUAAAAUCAGAGAAAGACUCGAUCUUAUUGCAAUACGAUCAGGAAACAGAAAUGUAUCAAGCUCAAUUAGAAAGUAACAAAGAGCAAAUAAGUGCUUUGAAACAUGAUUUACGUGAGAAAACCGAGCAGUUGCAUUACGUAAGUACACAAUUGUGUGCUAAAGAGAAUGAUCUGGAAGAUAUUAAAAUCAUGAUAAGUGAUAAAGAUUCUUUAUUAGAAAUUACAAAUCAAGAACUGAACGAUAAACGAGCUGAACUGGAGAGAUUGCGCAACGAACGGAGUUCUCAUGUGAUUGACAGAUCCUCAGAGCUUUCGGUUUCCAGAAUAGAUCACGACGACACUUGUGACACGGAAAUGCAAAGUACUAUAAAUGAACUAAAGGCGCAGAUGGAAGCUAAGCAACAAGAACUGGAACAUCUGAAAUAUGUUUUGAGUGAGAAUACGUAUCCUACAAUCAUCCAGCAGAUGCAAGAUAGAAUCAAUUGUCUGUAUAAUGAGAAGGUUACACUAGAAGCUUCUUUACAAGCAACUACAGAAAAUUUGACGGAGAAGCAGGAGCAAGUAAAUCUUUUGACACAACGUAUGAACGAACAAAAUCAGGAACACAUUUCUAAGGAGGAAGUCAGUUUGCUCUCCAGAGAUCGAAGAUCUGUGCACGAUCAGGAAGAAAUUGUUAGGUUGCAGAACGAAUUACAUGCAAAGCAACAAGAGAUUAACGAAUUGAAGUACGUUAUAGCUGAAAAAGACUCGCAAUUGAGUCUUCAGGCCAGUAUGGAGCCACAAUCAGAUGACUUCGAAUUGCGCGGGACUGUACAGAAAUUAAUGGGAGAAUUAUAUGGUAAAGAGCAAGAAGUACAAAUGUUAAAGUCGACUAUCACGGAGCUACAAGAGCAGAUCCUGCAUUCUAAAGAUUACCAGAGGCUCUCUGAAGAAAGCAGAAACGCGAUUGAGAGGCUAACUUCGGAAAAAGAGCAAAUCCGUAUCGACGCUGAAGAAUUUUUGAAUAGGGAAUUGCAAAAGAAAGAAUUGGAGAUCGAUGAAAUAAAGCAGAAACUAUCGCAGGAGAAUCAAAAGUUAUUAACAGAGCUUCAAUUGAAAGACAGCGAUAUCGAGAAUUUGAAAACACAAUUUGAACAAUUACAGACGAUUGCGAAUGAUCGAGGCAAUAAAUUGCAACAAAAAGAGAAUGAGUUGAUGCAUACAAUCGACGAUCUGGCUGAGAAGGAGAGAAGAUUGGCUGAGCUGAGCAUCAUCAAAGACACUGAACUUCAUAAUUUGAAGGUGCAGAUCCAUGAAAAGGAAGUGCGUAUAGAUGAACUCCUGGUAUUGUCAGCGGAAGAGGAAAAACAAUUGAAUGAAUUAAGACAAACAUUAGCGAUUAGCGAGACAGAGAUGAGAAGAUUGCAAGAAUUGUUGAUACAAAAGGUUUCAGACCAUGAUUUGAUACAGCAUGCUUUGAAGAAAGACAUAUCUACUGUUGAAACUGCUCCUUCGAAGAGCUCGGAAACCGUUGAAACUGUUGACAAUAAGGAGACUGCUUCCAGCGAAUUGGAUCUCGCAUUAUAUAUGCUUCAUCAAAGAGAUGUUCGAUGCGAGGAGCUGACUCACGAACUAAUGCAGUUGCUCGAGGAACGCGAUACGUUACAAUUACGAUUAUCUAAUGCGAUUCGGGUGAACGAAGAACUGAGAAAAGUGGGUAGCAUGGAAGGAAGUCCAAUGAAAGAUUCAUCAUCGGCUUCUCGAGUGAUAGUAGAACCUAUCGUGGAACAACCUUCUCCUUCUAAAUCCGAAGGACCAGUCGAGAUCGCGAAAGAAGCUAUCGAUACUCCAAUCGAAGACAAGGAAGCUCUUGCUCUGAAAUUGUCGCAGUUACAUUCAGUCAGCCAUACAAAGGAUGUACGAUUAAAGGAUGAACGAGAGUUAAGGCACACCCAACAAAUGUCCUUAUUAGCGCACAGAGACGUUCUAAACACAUUACCACCCGAAGCAGCCGCAAGGCUUGUCAACGCUAAUUAUACGCUAUCGCGAGAUGUUCAGAGCCAAUCGAGUGUUCUCUUGAAUUGGUUGUGGGGCAAGAGCACACCGAAGGUGGUACACAUGUGAUGAACGAAUAGCAGGAAUGAAACGGCCAUCACUUUUGCCUUCUAGAGACAUUCCUGCCAAGUGCCAACUGCCAAAACUUAUUCUUGCAGUAAAUUAAUAUGUAGCAGGCUUGGAGUAGUCUGUUAUAUUUUUCAGACAGAAAUCACAUGCUGUCAGAUGAUCAUAAAGAAUAGUUUUGUGAGAGUAUUAUGAAAGAGCGAUGUGGAAGUGAUAUCAGAAAAAAAUAUUUUUGAAAUUAAACAUACACAUGUACAGAAUGUAAUUAGCGUAUUUUGCCAGAAAAGUCGCUUUCUCUUCUUCGAAAAAGAAGAAAAUAUAAGAAGCAGGCUUAUGUAUUAUAACGUUGUACAGCAGAUAUGCAUGAAAUAUAAGAUGAAAUUUAAAAUACAUCAUACUUUGCUUUUUUUAUUUGGUGACUAAAUUAUUUGCAAUAAAUUAUACGCAAUGAAAUAUAUACUAUAGGUUGCUGGAAUUUGAUUACUGUAUUAAUGAAUAUAAACGUCUAAUAAAGUUAUGAUUUUAUUUUGUUUAUUUAAUAAUUAUGUAUUUUGUAAAUUAUUUGUGAUUGUCUUCCGGCUUGAAUUACAUUAUUAUAUUGUUAAUUAUACAUCGAAGAAAAGCCGUGCAAGAUAAAUUAUAGAUAAUGCAGAAAUAAUUCGUGAUAAUUGUAAAUUGUCCAAUCGUUCUAUUUCCAUAAACUUUUGUACAAAGAAAAAGAACUUCAAUAAAUAAAUAUAAUGUGACAGA